UUACAGAUCUGUCACCCUUCACAGGCUUUCCGGUUCUAAAUACAAAGGGGCAGGUUAACAGGGAAGUGUUUUCGCCAUUUUUCUUGUUUGAAUUCUCUGCUGAUCAAUAUGCCUUCUUCUUCUUAUUCUUCUAUCUCCACACCAAAUCCAAUGAAGUACGACGUAUUUCUAAGUUUCAGAUCCGCGGACGUAGGUGAUAAUUUUGUUAGUCAUCUAUACUCGGCUUUGUGUCUGAAAAAGAUCAAGACCUACUGGAAUCCUCACGAAGAUCUCAUGAAGGAAGAUGAAAAAAUUUCAUCUGGAGCUACGAAAGCAAUUAUAGAAGAAUCAAAACUUUCUGUUGUUAUUUUUUCAGAAAAUUAUGCUUCUUCUCCGAAAUGCCUACAUGAGCUCGUCCAUGUACUGGAAUGCAAAGGAAAAGGGCAAUUUGUCGUGCCAGUUUUCUACCAUGUCGAUCCAUCAAAUUUGUCGAAACAAAAGGGCAGUAAAGUAGAAACUACUUUUAUAGAUGAGGUCGAUGAGUGGAGAAGAGCUUUGGAAGCAGCUAGGUCCUUAUCUGGGUGGAGUUCGUUUGACAUUCGGCCUGAAUCGAAAUUAGUUGGGGAAAUUGUUGAAGAUGUAGUGAAGAAGUUAAAUAUAUCACCGUCUAAUUAUUCUGAGCUCUUGGUUGGGAUUGAUGAACGUAUUGAGAAAAUUGAAUCGAUGUUACGCAUUGGCUCACCAGAUGCGAUUCGCAUUGUAGGCAUUUUUGGUCCAGGUGGUAUGGGUAAGACUACUCUAGCUCAUGUUGUGUACAAUAAACUCUCCUCUCAUUUCGAUAGUUGCUACUUUCUUUGGAAUGUCAAGGAUGAAUCGAAAAGGCAUGGGUUAAUCGAGUUACGAAAUAAGCUUCUUGCGGAGCUACUGGGGAAGAGAAAUCAAGAUUCGAGUUAUCCAUCUUUUGGGCCAAAGUUCCGCCGUAAAAAGGUCCUUAUUGUCCUUGAUGAUGUCAACAAUUCAAACCAAUUUAAACUUUUGGCAAGCAAACAGGAGCUGUUUGGCCAUGGAAGUAGAAUAAUCGUAACAACUAGAGAUGCCCAAGUGCUUAAGAGCAUUGGAGCGGACGUAUACAAGAUUGAAGAACUAAAUUACCAGGAAGCUCUCCAACUUUUUCAUUCUACUUGUUUUGGAAAAAUUUCCCCCACAAAAGAAUACUGGGAGCUGUCGAAACAGAUUGUGGAUUACGCUAACGGAUACCCAUUGGCUCUUAAAAUUUUGUGUUCCAAUUUGUAUGACAGGGGUAUUGAAGCAUGGGAAGAUAUGCUGACUAAGAUGAAGGAAGCUCCUAAGAUCAAAUUUGCAAAAAUUCUGAAAAUAUGUUAUGAUGCUUUAGAUUCCAAUCAAAAGGAAAUAUUUCUUGACAUUGCAUGUUUCUACAGAGGCGAAAAGCGAGAUCUUGUGGAAAGAAUACUAGCUCAUGAUCUUCCUACUUUCAUCAGUGUUGCUAUAGAUGAUCUCAUUGCUAAAUCUCUGAUAACCUUGGGACACUCCAAUGAGCUUCAAAUGCAUGAUCUAAUACAAGAAAUGGGUCGUGAAAUAGCACGUCAUGAAUCCUUUAUGAAGCCUGGAAUUCACAGUAGGUUAUGGUCUGCUAAAGAUGCACAUGAGGUCCUGAAAUAUAAUAAAGGAACUGCUGCAAUUAAAGGAUUAUCCCUAGACAUGUCCGAGAUUGAAGAGGAACUGCACUUGGAUCCGAGAACCUUCAAAGCGAUGGCUAAUCUAAGAUUGCUCAAGAUUUAUUCAAGCAGUACUGAUACUCCUAAGACCGGGUAUAUUCAUCGAGAUUUGACUUAUCUUCCGGAUACACUCACGUAUCUCCACUGGGAGGGUUAUCCUUCGACCUCUUUGCCUCAAAAUUUCUCACCGAAAAAUCUUGUUGAACUUAAUCUAUCACACAGCAAGCUUGAGAAACUUUGGAACGGAGUCCUGUCUCUGGAGAACUUAAAGAUGAUCGAUUUGAGUCACUCUUUGAACUUGGUUCAAGUACCUGAUCUCUCUCGAGCUUCAAACCUAAAGUACAUUGACAUUCAAUGUUGUACGAGCUUGUGCGAUGUUCCUUCUGAUUUUCAGCAUCUUUAUCAGCUCACUACUCUCAAUCUCAAUGGUUGUUUGUCUCUUGACAAAUUUCCAGAACUUCCACGGAAUAUAAAGGAAUUAUAUAUGAGUGGAACAAACAUAAAAAAUCUACCCUCAUCAAUUGAGCGUCUCUCUAGUCUCAAGAAAUUAGAGCUCAGCAAUUGCAAAAGGCUUGAGAGGUUGCCAAGUAGCAUUUGCAAAUUGAAUGCUCUUAAGCAUCUUAAUCUGUCUGGUUGCUCGGAAUUUGAAUGCUUUCCAGAAAUCGUCGAGGCAAUGGAACAUCUGCUGUUUCUUUCUUUAAAUGAGACCAGGAUCAGAGAGUUACCUUCUUCAAUUGGAAAUCUAGUUGCUCUUGAGGUAUUAGAGCUGGAAGGGUGUGAAAAUCUCGAGUCUCUCCCGAGAAACAUUUAUAGUUUAAGCAAACUUGAAAUUCUCAUUGCUUCCGAUUGUGCAAAACUGAAAGCAUUACCUGGUCCUGGCCAAUUUGUCCAUUUUCCCUCUCUGAGUCAGCUAAACCUGAAUAACUGCAGUGUACUUGAAGUCCCUGAUGAUCAACUUUUUAUCUUCUCCACAUUAGAAUGUUUGGAUUUAAGUGGAAAUGAAAAUAUUGAGGGAAUACCCUCAAGUAUCAAACAACUGUCUAGGCUGAAACACUUGUACAUCAGCAAUUGCAAGAAUCUUCGAUCUUUACCUGAGAUUCCGUUGUCUUUGGAGACGGUUGAUGCAUAUGGUUGCACGUCACUGAAAACUGUGUCAAGUUCAAAAACCGCACUUACUCGAGGUUGGGAUCAUCUUUAUGCUUGUAGCGAGAAGCUUGUGUUUUUCAACUGCCUCAAAUUGGAUAAAAACGCACGCAACAACUUGAUAAUUGAUUCUCAGCUUAGAAUAUUGCGUAUGGCAACUGUAUCCCGCAUUACAUCAAAACAUGUAAUAGAAUAUCCCUCCGUUAGUAUUUGUUAUCCGGGAAAUCAAAUUCCAGAAUGGUUCAGUAAUCAAAGUGCGGGUUCUUCCAUAAGUAUCGAGCUUUCUCCGCAUUGGAAAAACACCAACUUCUUGGGAUUUACUUUGUGCGUCGUAGCAGCUCCGUUUGCAGAGCACAAGUUUCACCCACAAAUCCAUUUUUACUGUGAAUCCCAUUUCCGAUUUAAGGAUGGUGAAAGUCGUACAUUGAAUUGCUUUUGGAGGGGUUAUAGUCAAGAUAAUGACGAUGAAGAUAAGAGCAGAAUAUUUCUCAAGUCGAAUCACGUGUUCCUCUGGUAUGCUCCGUUUCAUCAUGGACUAGAAGACAUAUUUUCAAACAGCACUGAGGCGUUAUUUGAAUUCUAUCCCAUUGAUAGUUUGGAAGAAAAAGUAGACUUCUGCAAAGUCAAAAAGUGUGGGAUCCAUAUGCUAUAUCUCCAAGAGACAGCACAAUUUGAUUUGAUUGAAUAUUAUCGAGGCUGGGAACCAAAAGUAGAAGAAAUUAGUGCUCUCUGCGGCGAUAAUAGUUCAAGUGAACGUGGAACUAGCAACCCUAAUAAUGGUAUUGAGGAAUUAGAAGAAGAAGAAGAUGUUAUCCUAAGGGAGUCUCAACCUAGUACAGAUGGAGAUGUCGACUCUAAUAUUGGAGAAGAAGGGAAUGACAACCAACAUCGGAGUGGAUGCUUAUCGUUUCUAUCCCGGAUCAAAGAGUAUUGGGAGCAUUUACUCGGAAAGAAAUCUGGCCGGCAGAACGAGGGUUUUGGUUAUGGGAUGCGGCCAGAGUUGUCAACUUCUCGGGGCACUUCUCUGCCCAUGACGAUUGCACACCAGCUUCAAGAAGCGAAGAAAGCUAUAUACCACAUGCAUUCACAAAUCGUGGAGUUAGAAAAUAACUUCGAGCAUUUGAAGCAAACGACGCAGAGACCCUGACAAAAAUAGCAGAUAAUGGAGUUGCAGCAUGUAUAUAUGUAAAUAAUAAUAAUUGCAAGAUAUUAGUUGGAUUUACUCCAUGUAAUAUAUAUUGUAAGGUUUAUUUAUGUAAUAUAUUAGGAAAAAAAAUACUUGUAUGGUUUUAAUUGUGUUGCUGAAAGUGUGAAUGUAAACCAACAUGAUAACGAUCAAGUGUGGCAAACACUGAAUGAUUUGUAAUAAGUACUUUAAAGUGU